AUGAAAUUUGGCGCAAAAAAAGUUGCCCUCCCUGACUUGGGCGGACGGCGCAGCGAGCGGCCGGCCACCGGCGGCGUCAAGAAGCCGCACCGCUACCGGCCCGGCACGGUGGCCCUGCGCGAGAUCCGCCGCUACCAGAAGUCCACCGAGCUGCUGACCCGCAAGCUGCCGUUCCAGCGGCUGGUGCGCGAGAUCGCGCAGGACUUCAAGACCGACCUGCGCUUCCAGAGCUCGGCCGUGAUGGCGCUGCAGGAGGCGUGCGAGGCCUACCUGGUGGGGCUCUUCGAGGACACCAACCUGUGCGCCAUCCGCGCCAAGCGCGUCACUGUCAUGCCCAAGGACAUCCAGUUCGCCUACAGGCGAACGGAGAGCUUCAGGGCCCGAUUGUCGUGCGCCAUCCCAAGGCUGGCCGCCACGUCCAGUCUUCCUAACAGUACCUAAGUUUUGAGGCACCGCCCUCGCCAGCCCCCUCCGUGUUGGCAAAUGAAUGAAACACUGGGAUUACGCUGGCCAAGAAAAAUAAUUUAUCCUCUAUGCUUUUGAGUGUUUGGCUGAGACCCCUGCAAUAGAAGACAGUUUUCCCAAGAGAAAAUCACACAGAAGUUUAUUUAAACGUUGUUAAACAACAAAAAUUCAACUGACUAAAGGUCAAAUUGGCUUUUUUUCUAUGAUUCCUGGAGCAGGCAGCGUCCCAUCUAGCAACAGAAAGGAGUUCUGCUGCGCUAUAGAAAACGAAAGGCUUUUCAAGGUGGGAAAGCAGCAGAAAAAGGAAAUUAUUAGCAAAGAGUGCAUUGUUUCAGUCAAGGUCAUCCUCCUAAAGGGAUUGGCUGGGCCUACUGGUGGAUUAUCUCUCCAGCACAGACUAGGUUAAUUGCUCCUUGAGUGGCUAAAGGUUCCAUUCCCAAGGUGGGAAACCGAUCAGAUUAGGCAUUCAGGCUUGGUUUGCUGCCGUGGGGUUUCGCACACGUGACUCCAUCUGGGGUUUACCGUCUCUGUGACGUGUACCCCGUGUGUACACAGGAGAUACACUGGGGAAGAUGAACUCCAGAGGUGCCUCGGAAGUACGGCUUAAGUACCGUCUACAGCUUGUCGGGAAGCAAGAAUUCCUGUCCCCUUCAAGGGUCCUUCUAGCUGGACUAAGAAUCCCAUUGACGUGAGAAAAAUUAAUAGGAGAAAAUCAAAUUUAACAGCAUACAUAUGGGGAAUCCACACAGACAUGGAAAUUCCAAAGACAGCCAGGCCAAACAAGGCAUGUAUGUCACCCUGAACUAAGAAGGGGGCAGAGGUCUGGGACUAGGAAGGGAAGGAAUGCAUUCACAGGGCAAUAGACGCAUGCUAAUUCCAUGUUUGUCCUGCCAUUAUGGAUGGGUCACUCAGAUCAACUUUAUCGCCGCCAAUAACCCUGUUCUGGGAAAGACCCCCAAUUUAGGUUGUUCUAUGUAGUUAGUACCAAGAGUUUCUCCGAGCCCGCGGGGUCUUCACUGCCUUCAGCUCAGAAUAAUCUUCAUGCCCAGUGGCGCAUCUUGGAGCGGCCUGCCCUUGGCCCCCACGAGCCGAAGACAAAAGGUGAGGGGAAGUCAGUUAUGGGAAGGUCACCAGGAGAACAAGAAUGAAGUCCGUCAGGCAGAUUUAAGUUGCUGCCUUCUCCGUUGAUAAGGGUCGAAUGCUGUCUACUGGUGUGGCCGGGUGAACUGGGGAGACCCUGAGCCCUAAGACCUCGACCAAGCCCAGAUCAAAGAUGUCACCGAAGACUCUUGGUCGCCUCAUGAGAAAGAAUUCAAGGGCAGACACAACACAGUGGAUGAGAGGUACCCUCGAGAUGUGAGAGCCGGUGAGCUCAAGGGAGGGAGAGAGCACGUGUGAACCAGGGUGGAGGUUUCUGUCAGUUAUUGACAGUGGUUAACAAGGAGGAGGAAUAUUGAUUACCUGGGGGCGGGGAUUUCUCGGAAGCAGGGUUUUGGGCCUUUUCCUCCUCACUUGCUGGGGGGCUUCCUGUCCUGGCGCCGCCAUCUUGGGCCCCUCCAGUGUGCUGGGGCUUUCAGGGGAGUGUGGCCAGACAGGCCUCUGACCCACCGUGCAGCUGGGCACGGCCUCCUCCGCCCUGGCCUCCAGGCAUCCUCUUAGAGCCUAACUAACUGCCUACUGUGACACUGGAAUUAACCUUUCCCCUUCCUGGUAGAAAGGGAAGGAGAGACAUCUUGAUAAAUCUACUUACUGUUUUUAGAGAUAGAAGGGAAAGACCAAGAGCUUUUCUGGUCUCUGCUUUAUCUCAAAUGCCUUCAGCUGAAAAUAAACCUUAUGCCAGAGUGGAAUAUUCUGGGGUGGCCUAUUCUGCCACCUUUCAAUACCUAAUGCUAAUAUGUUGUUGGUAUUUGUUAGUACAGAAUUAGGUCAGUAUUAAUAAAAAAUCUGAGGAGCGCUUGGGUGGCUCAGUUGGUUAAGCAUCUGACUCUGGCUCAGGUCAUGAUCAUGAUCUCACAGUUUGUGAGUUUGAGUCCCACGUCAGACCCUGCGCUGUCAGCUCAGAGCUUGGAGCCUGCUUCAGAUUCUGGGUCUCCCUGUCUCUGCCCGUCUACCACUCACGCUGUCUCUCCCUGUCUGAAAAAAUAAUAACAAAAAGGUUUUUUUUUAAUUAAAAAGAACUUUAAAUCUGCACUGUAUUUCUAAGUAAUACACAGAGAACAUGUCUAAACAUUUUAAGGCAAACUAAAGCUGUCUCUUGACAAUGCUUCUCAAUAUUGUAUCUUAACUCCAUCACAGGGUACUAUGCCCCUCGGGUCUUUUGCCUAAAUUAAGCCACACACUGGAAAAAAGAGCUUAAGGAAAACGUGGGACAAACGUCAGUACGAGCAGCUGAGCAGUAAAGGUCAGGUCUUGGGGCCUCUCUGGUGACAUUGUCACUUUCCUCCAGUACUGCACCACUUACCUGCUGAGUUUUCAUCUGGUAAGGAAUGAGAAGACCAAAUUCUCUGUCAAAAUUUUGGUUAAGAUGAACCUUUAUGGAUUUGUCCCGAAUAUUUGGUCAAAUGCACAAAGACAUAUAUAUUCAAGGUGAUUGCAACAUUGUUUUAGUACCAAAUUUCAUCAAACCUAAAACACUCACUGUUGGAAGUUAAAUAGCCCAUUCUGUGCCAAUAACCUGUUAAAAAGCAAAAUUCAACCAAGUAAAUCUAAUUGGCUUCGUUAAAUGAAGAUUCAUGAAUUGGGCAGCAUCUGAGGAACUGUAUAAAAUGGAAAGUUUUUAUAGGAAGAAGGGUGGGGCAAGAAAGUUAUAAACAAAAGAAAUGAAAAGAAAAGAUUGUUUCCGGCCAGAGCACCUUCCCUUAAGGGUAAAGUCAGGGGGUCAGAUUAUGCCGAUUACCUCACCUUCCUUUGGAGGAUGAACAGGCCCCCUGAGACAGAUUAUACCUCUUUGGUGCUUAUCAGAAAUUAAUUCAUGUUAAUUUUAGCCAUUCUGACAGGUGCGUUUGGGAAAGUAUUCUAAGAAGAUAAUGCAAACACCCAAGGCAGUCAUUUACACGAAAUGUUUAAGCAAGAUCAAAAAAGGAUAAGGAAUUUAAAGAUCAAGUCUAAGAUCAAGAAUGUUUAAGGACGAUCAAGAGCAGAGGGGCCAAGGGGUGAAAGCGAGUUCACAGAGUGGUCAGAGGUCACAGGCAGAGGUCACGGGCAGAGGUCAGAUCACGCCAAGCUGAGUUGUAUAAACCAUCCGAAAUUACCAUUCGAAGCUUCGAACGUGGGAGUAGCACAACCCGACCUACAUUUUUUCCGGAAGUUCACUAACACAAGUGUAUUGUGAAUACAAAGUUCAGAAGUAAGGCUAGAAGUUGGGAAACCAUUGCUGUAGUCUGCUCGAGAGAUUUGGCCUAAAGGAAACGGUACAGAGUCAUUAGGCAUAGGAUGUAUUUGGCAAGUGUAACUAACUGAGUUUGCUGCCAAGGUUCGUUAUGCACAUUAAAGUACGUGUCUUUUCCAUUAAAAUUGUCUUGUUAUGUACCAGUCUUCCUUCCCGGUACUUACAAAUGAAGAUUUCCUUUAAAAAUGUAAAUAUCUCUUACAAUAAAGUAACUUCUAUUUUCUGACAUUCUCCUGUAUCUGCUGUUUCGCAAAAAUAAUCAGUUCAGAAUAAUCCUUACGAGAAAGAGGCACACUCAGCUACCCUUCAGCUGUGAAAGGUACAAGGAAAAUACCUUGAUUUGAAUGAAGUUUAUCUUGAUCUAUAAAAGUCAGUGAGUAUGAGAAAAUGGCCCAAAUGGCAUUAUAUUUUCAUGAACUAAUACACUGUAGGUUUAUAGAGAAAUAAAUACCUCCCGCUAUCACUUUCAGAAACUAUAAAGAGCCUGACCAACUUUCCAGAUCGCUGCCCACUGCCAACUUUAACAGGAUGCGUUGCCGGGCAAAAAUCCAUGAAGUCAAAGAGGGAGGCUACUGGUUGGUGGGAAUUUUACUGACUUUUUAAAGUAGAGAAAGUAGGGUCUGUAAAAUGUAUUCCAAUUAACUCAUGUUGGAGAAACACAAUUAAAAGCAAAAGGAGCGGGGCGCUGGGGGGCUCAGUCGGUUAAGCAUUCUUGAUUUCCACUCAGGUCAUCAUCUCAUGGUUCUCACAUCUCAGCGCUGACAGCGUGGAACCUGCUUGGGAUUCUUGUUCUCUUUCUCUCUCUCCCUGACCCUAUC